UGAGAAACCUGAAGCGCCCGGCUGGGAGCUCGCGGACCCUUCAUCGCACCGUCUGCGAAGCGGGCGUCGCCACGGUGAUAGCGCGGACUUAGGCCGCCACCCCUCAGUCUUCGGGCGUCCUCCUUCUCACUUCCAAGACCCCUCCCUCUCCGUCGGGACGCGGGAGAGCCCGGCGCACGGUGGGAGAGCGAGGUGGAGCCCGCGCUGGCGGCCAAUGCGAAACUGGCUGGUGCUGCUGUGCCCGUGUGUGCUCGGGGCUGCGCUGCACCUCUGGCUGCGGCUGCGCUCCCCGCCGCCCGUCCGCGUCUCUGGGGCCGGCCCGGCAGAUCAAUUGGCCUUAUUUCCUCAGUGGAAAUCUCAUCACUAUGAUUUGGUAGUUGGUGUGUUAUCAGCUCGCAAUAACCAUGAACUUCGAAAUGUGAUAAGAAGCACCUGGUUAAAGCGUUUGAUACAACAUCCAGCAUUAAAUCAACGUGUGCUUGUGAAGUUCAUAAUAGGUGCUCAUGGCUGUGAAGUGCCUGUGGAAGAUAGGGAAGACCCUUAUUCCUGCAAACUACUCAACAUCACAAAUCCAGUUUUGAAUCAGGAAAUCGAGGCAUUCAGUCUUUCUGAAGACGCUUCAUCAGGGCUCUCUGAGGACCAAGUUGUCAGUGUGAGCUUCCGAGUUCUCUAUCCUAUCGUUGUUACUAGUCUUGGAGUGUUCUAUGAUGCCAAUGAUGUGGGUUUCCAGAGGAACAUCACAGUCAAGCUUUAUCAGGCAGAACAGGAGGAGGCCCUCUUCAGUGAACAAUAUUAUCCCUAUUCCCUCUGGCACUCGAAUAGCACAACUUGUAAUACUCCCCAUUCAGCAUGUCAACUCCAACUUCAAAAAACUCCAGCGCCCCACAGAGGGCCCUGGAUCCUCCGACAUCUUUUGGGCGCAACCAAUAUCCCAUAA